AUGACCACGCGAGGGUUAUUAGAAGAAAUCGCUCGGGAUCACUCCGUGGCACAAUACAUACAAUCCAUUGACCUCAGGGAGCCUGGAGAUGAGGAGGAAGAUGAAGAGGUAUCAAACUCUCUGGAGGCCGAGGUGCCUGAGACUCUGAAGAACUUGGUGCUCAUGUCGCCCUUCCUCGAAGCCUUCAAAGGGAAUCAUGUUGAUUGGAUCGAAGGAAUACGAUGGUCCACAGUCUAUGCAGAUGUCUUUCUCUUGACAUUGCUAUCUCAAGUGCGAAAGGUGGCAUUACACCCACGUUGGGAUGAACUACAUCCUUUUGAUCAUAGCAAUUUGACCAACGAACGUCUGUGGCCAGUCCUCGAGCAGAUUAUGCAUCGGGCGAAUCACGUUGAGGAAUUUCCUGAUGCGCCUUUGUCAAUGCUCUCCGUUGUAGAACCGGCUCGUGACUACGGCUAUGAAGAGAGGUCUCCAUUGACCCCCUUUGUGCCAUUUCUAGCUAUCAAUUCCGUAUCCGAUGUUUCCUUGUGCAGCUGCAUUUUUAAUGAUGAUGGGUAUACUGGAAUGGCCUUUGACCCAUUAGUCGAAUGCUAUAGCACAAAGUUGCGGAAAUUGAGCAUAGACGCGAGUAUUGCCGGCCCGCAUGAGUUAUCACAACUACUCUCGCGAAUUCCAAACCUCGAGAUAUUUGAAUUUUCUCACGAAACAAAGUGGCAUGGCUGCGGCCACAACUGGAAUGUCGCUGCAUUUUUGGAUGUUGUGCAGAAUGUCUGUGCGAAGACUCUCAAGAAAUUGUCUGUGACGAUAUCCACUUGUUGGGGCAACAAAGGAGCCACAUUGGUUGAUAUGACUCAUUUUCAGAAAUUGGCUGAGCUUGAAUUGGACAUCGACAUGUUGUGCAGUCCCCCAUAUGAUCCGUCAAUGAUAGACGUGGAAUGGGGUGAAUUUGAGUCAGUUGGUGGCAGUCCAGCCUGGCCCAAACUGACGGAUAUGUUGCCGACAUCUAUUGAAGCGGUCAGCUUGUAUCUCAACACAUUCAGCGAUGAUCAUCUGAAGUGUAUCACUCAUUUAAUUGACGGUAUUUCAGAUGCUCGGGUCACAACGCUGCCCCGUUUGGACAAACUGAGCCUUUUUGUGCGUAUGGAUUCGGUCCCGACAAUUCCUGACGUGGCACUCCAGAGUUUGAAUGAUGCGAAGAGAAGUGGUUUUUCGAUUAUGGAACUCGGUAAAUCCGUUCCUCUUCUAUAG